CCGUAUCAAACGAUGUCGGCAGACCUUUCUUCGUUGUUAGCCUCGUCAAGGGGACUUACUUCCCACCUCUCUCGACCAGAUUUGCCUUCCGUAAAUCUAUCCCUCGAUCAAAUCGAAGCUCUUUCGCGACGCCUUGUUUCCCGACAACCUGGCACGUCUAGUGACGCCGAUCGCGCGUGCGUAAACUAUUUAUUGGCACAAGCUCAGGUUGACGCCUCCCAUUUGUCAAGCUCGAUCGCUCACUUGAAUACUUCCACCACAUUUUCCCCACUUCAACCUCUUCAAGACACUGAUGUUUCUGGUUACCUCCGAGUUGCUCACGAGCAAAAUCUCAUUUCUACAAUUGAGGAAGGAAGGAAGGAGACGCAGGAAGAGUUUUACCGUGUCCUCGAGGAGCGCAGUCAACGCGAUUGGGAGGCGAAGAAAAAGCAUAUUUUCGAGGAGCUUGGGGGUCGCGUCGGUGGUGACAACCGUGCCAUAUCCGAAUUGAGAAGCAGUACACACGGGAAAAGCAGCCUAUUGGUCAGUUAUCCAUCACUCGACCCCACUACCUUAAUCUUUCUGAACUUCGUUCUUUCUUUGCAGAUGCAAAGCAAAAUGAUGGCUUAUGAUCGAGUGAUAUCAGACUUGAAUGCCGCGAGGUUGCGCAGGACGUCGUUCCCCGUCGUUCAUGCUCUAAUCGAAGCAUCUCUGGCCGUUUCUCACGACCCACGCUCCAGUCAGAUAACGCAAAACUUCCACAUUCUCUCAAAAAUCACCGCAGAGCCGCCUGCGCUUCCUCCAAUAGAGCAUGCUGGUGCCCACGUUCUCAAUGCUCCCCUCUUCGAACGCAAAUAUGCUCGCGUCUACCUUGGAGACCCUGAAUCUCGAGAUGCCAUUGCUUUAAGGCGUCAAAUUGCUAGAGGGGCGAGGGAAGCACUUGAGGAACAGUACUGGGAUAUCGUGGAACGUACAGUCCAGGCCCGCCCUGUGGAAGCCAGGCUUGGCGGAGACCCAAGCAUCGCCAACAAAGUCAGAGCUUUCUUACUUGUGAGGUAUUAUCGUAAUGGAGAAUGGGAGGAUCGUAUUGAGCUUCUCGCUGGCCAGCCCCUCUGGGCCAAGCUGUUUUAUCUGGUCCGAACUGGACACGUGCAAGAGGCGUUGAACGAGGCAAUGUCGGCCCAGCAAGCCAUUGAACAUCGGGAACCAAGCUUUGUGAAUCACUUUAGAGCCUGGACCGAAUCUUUAGAUAGAAGAUUGCCCAAACCCCAUCGAGACCAUCUACAAGCCGUGUACAAUGCUCACAUGUUACAUUCCUCCACCGCAGAUCCAUUCAAACUAGCUUUAUAUAAGCUUAUGGCGAGACUUGAGCCUUCGAGAAGAAGCGUUCCGCAGGUGACGACCACCACCGAAGAUUGGCUUUGGUAUCAGCUUGCCAUGGUGGAAGAAGAAGAAGACGGCGGAUUACGCGCGCUAGCGGACGUUCUUCUUGGAUACGGCGAACGCCAUUUUGAUGGUCCUGCCAACCAACCAGGAUCUCACCGUGGUGUAUGGGCUGGUGUGUUAUUAAUGUGUGGCCAAUUUGAGCGUGCGGUAGCUGCCCUUUGGGAACAUCAGGAGACGGAAAUUGAAGCUGUCCAUCUCGCAAUUGCCCUGGCGUAUCAUGGUCUCUUACGAGCCCCAUCACGGGCAGAGACGUCUGACAUGACACCUUUGUCACUGUCACCGGCAUCCCUUCCUGCACUAAGCAUGUCGACUCUCAUCUGGCGCUAUGUGCGUCAAUUCGUCAAGAUGGAUGCCAAAGAGGCUCUCCAAUAUGUAUAUUGUGUCUGCUUAUGUGGGGAUCAAGGCGAUAGUAUUGGAAAGGAGCAAGUUGAGAGUGCAUGGGACCUUACCCGCCGGAUCAUCGUUCAAGCCAACAGCGGGCCAGGUUGGGAAGAGCUCGUUGGGGGUUUCAGACCUGAUGGUUCUCGAUUCAGCGGCGUCAUUGAACAAGGGGCAUCCUUGUUGCGUUUGGAGGACAGCAAGCAAUUUAAUCAAGAAAUUAUCAUUCGUGCUGCCCAGCAUUCGGAGGAGAAUGAUCGCAUCGCUGAGGCUAUAAAGCUGUACAAUUUGGCUAGCGAUUAUUCCACUGUCGUCUCGUGCCUUGCGCAAGCGCUCGGUAAUACCAUCUCUCAGUCCAGUCCCGACGAAAAGGCCCGCGCAAUCGAGAAGACUGCUGCUGAUAUUUUGCGACAUUAUGAAAGAACCAAUCGAGCCGUUGGAAAGAAUCGCGAAGCCGUGAUUAAGCUACUCAGGAUUAGGGAGGCUCUGAAUGCAAAGAACUCUGGCAAACCCGAUGUUGCGCUUGAGAUUAUGGAGUCGACGGAUCUCAUCCCACUCACUGGCGAUGUCGCAAAAACGACACGACGUGCAGAAGAAUUCAAGGAUCUGCAUGAGACAUUGCAGCGAAACUUGCAAACGUACCUCACGCUAACAAUGGACGCCCUUGCAGCCAUUCAGCAGAGAGUCAAGUCCUCCGCGGUUGGCGAUACCACGCGACAGAUGACACUGUCUUCCGUUAGGAGAAAGUCACGGUCAUUGAUGGUCUUUGCUGGUAUUCUGAAGUAUCGCAUGUCGCCAGAUGUAUACUCUUACCUAGCUAGACUUGACGUAGAGAUUGCAUUGUGA